AGUUUUCCACCAUCUGAUCUUGUGUUCGAGCAUUUGUUUACAAGUUUGGUAAAAUCGUAUUCGAGUAAAUUGUUGUUUUUCUGAGCCUUUAUCGAAGGCAACCGUUUGCUUUGCCAAGCAUGAUGCUUGUAGGAAAGGAGAUCAUUUCUAUCUUCCUCGUUAGUUUGAUAUUCAACGUUAAUAGUAAACCUGUACAAAAGCCUAAGGACAAAGCCGAGGAGAAGAAAGACGAAUGGCGAAAGGAAGAGGAUCCAGCCUAUGUUAAGUAUCUGAAACAAGUUAUUGAAAUUCUCGAAGAGGACGAAAAUUUCUCCAAGAGACUUGAAAAUGUCACCGAGGAAGAUAUACGUACUGGGAAAAUUGCGGAAGAAAUAGACUUUGCUAGUCAUAGUGUUCGGACAAAACUUGACGAAUUGAAACGCAAAGAGAUUGAAUCACAGAGACAGUUAUUGAGACAGCAAAUGGAUGCUAGUCGUGGUAUCCAUAGAGAAUAUUGGAAUCCUCUUAACGACCGCGAAAAUCCACACACAUUUGAAGUUGGAGAUUUAAAGAGGUUACUUGCUAAGCACCAUGAGCAGAUGGAAGAGAUUGACAAAAGAAGAAAAGAUGAAUUUCGGGAACAUGAGAUGGACAAGAAGCAUAAACGAAAGAUUCAGGAAAAAGGAUUUGAUGAAAAACAAAAGCGAGCUGAGGAAGAGAGAGAAAGACUGAGACAGAAGCAUUUAGAAGAUGCAAGAAGAGUAAACCAUCCAGGAAGUAAGCCUCAGUUGGAGGAAGUUUGGGAAGAAGAAGAUGGAAUGGACAAAGAUCAAUUUAAUCCGAAGACUUUCUUUAGCCUUCAUGAUAAUGAUGGUGAUGGACAUUUGGAUCCAUACGAAUUAGAAAGUCUUUUCUAUGGAGAGGCGAGUAAAAUUCACAACGCCUCUGAUCCCGAUUUUGAUCGGCGUGCUUUGGAUGAAGAAGUUCAGAGAAUGAGAGAACAUGUUGUUAAAGAGAUUGACAAGAACAAUGACGGAUUUGUUUCGUACGAUGAAUUUGUCGGCGCUACACAAAAUGCAGAGUAUGAAAAGCCCAAGAAAGAAUCCUGGAAACCAAUUGAUGAUGAAAAUGAAUUUACCGAUGAAGAAUUUGCAGAUUAUGAAAAACAGUUCAUGGACGAUGAUGAUGACGACGAUGAAGAGGACGAAGUGCAUCAUCCAAAUCAGGAUGAAACUCACGAAGAAGUCCCUGUGAAGGAUGAGAAACAUGAACCCGCAGCUCCUCAGGUACCAUUGGCCAACUUAAAGGAAGAAGAAAAACGCGAACAUCAUGAUGACGACAAGAACAAACCUGCCGAGUCUCAUUAAAAUUGAACACAAACAUUGAAGAGGUGAUAGAAGUAAACAAUUUUCACGUAUAGACUAUUAAGAAACGAUUUAACUUGUAUUCUAAAAUCAGAUCAUCUUGAAAAAAGAAUUUGUUUCUUGCA